AUGGACCCCGAGGCGCCCGCCCCCGAUUCGCAGAGCGGCCAGACCAAAGCCACCUUCUCCGUCAACCUGCUGCUCAGGACGCUGUUCCACCUGGCCAACUUCGUGCUGUGCUGCUACGUCUCCCUUUGGGGCGUCGUUAUGUGCAUCACCCUCGACACGGAGAAGUACAAGGAGCAGAUACUGAAGGAUCUCAAGUACCUCGCGCCCGGCUUCGGCACCAACUGGAAUUAUCAAAACAAUGUUGUGCUCGUUACUAAAAAUGAUAAUGGCUUCCUAAUUAGUAAUCCAAUGAUUAUUCCCACUUCG